UCUCUCUCUCUCUCUCUGUUCAUUGUCUCGGUCCUUCUCCUGUGUACCCCGCACGUGCUCCAUGCGGGGGGUGCCAAGAUCUCCCCGGACAAGUCUUCCUCUUUCUUCCUCUCUCUCUCUCUCCCUCUCUGUCUGUCUGCCUUCCCGGUUCUUCAGAUUUCUCGCUUCUUGUCUCAUAUUAAAGUCUUCUCCCUCCACACCCCCGUCGGAGAAUUGCGAUAUCAAGAUGCCUAGUCAGGGAUCGACAGCGCUACCAUCUCUCUCCCCGCCAAUGACUCUCCGUCCCUGAGGGGAACGCCGGACAAUUUGAUACCUCGUUCGCUUGGCGAUUGCAUCAUGCCACGAGUCGAUACCCUGGAAAGGUCGCUAUAAAGUGCUCGACAUCUCUCAUCCUCUCGUCCAUCUGCAUCACGAGCCCAGACAUCUCCCCAUUGCCACGAUGAAGAACUUUGCUACUUGGAUAACGGCCCUCAUGGCGACGGCCCCCCUCACCCUGGCCAUUCCCCGGCCUUCGGUGAGCUCCCUUCGGAAGAAGGCCGACGCCGAGAAGGUGGGCUACCUGGGGGUUUACUGGACCACCGAUGACGAGAGUGUCUACUUCGCCCUGAGCGACAAUGACAACCCCUUGGCCUUCGAGACUGCCAACGGCGGCAAGUCCGUCCUAUCGCCGACGCUGGGUAGCAAGGCCAUUCGCGACGCUUCUAUCAUCGCCGGGGUUGGCGAUGAUGCCGGCAAGUACUACAUAAUCGGCACGGACCUGGACAUUGGAUCGACCAACUGGGGCGACGCCGUCCGCACCGGGUCGCGCGGCAUCUUCGUCUGGGAGAGCACUGAUCUGGUGAACUGGACCGACGAGAGACUGGUGACAGUUGAGGACGAAACGGCCGGCAUGGUGUGGGCUCCGGACGCCGUGUGGGAUGCUUCUCAAGAACAAUACCUGGUGCACUGGGCCUCUCAGUUUUAUGCGACCGAUGAUUCGGACCACUCCGGCGAUCCGACGACCUCCCAGAUCAUUCGCUACGCCUAUACCAGUGAUUUCCGCACCUUCGGCGAGCCGAAGACUUAUAUCAACCAUCAGACUAGCACGGUGAUUGACCUGGCCUUCCUGUCCGUGGACGAUGACACCUUUGUGCGCUUCUACGUCGACGGCAACACGACAAGUCCCGUCGUGGAAGUCAGCAACGACGGUCUCUUUGGCGAAUGGACGGUGCCAACGGGCAGCGUGCGAGACAGCGCCAGCUACGAAGGGCCGUAUGCCUUUUGGGACAACAAGGAAGAGGGCAAGGCAUAUCUGCUCUGCGAUCGCGUGGGCGAGACCCCUGGAAUCGCCGCGUGGGAAUCAACUGACGUCACCUCGGGCGAGUUCGCCAGAGACUCGUCGAGCGACUUGACCUUCAUGAGGCAUGGAUCUGUGCUCGCCGUAACGCAAGAGCAGUACGACGCCUUGUCAAAUCUCUAGCUGGCGACACAGAUAACGCGGACCCAGAUCUGAUAUUGAGAUCAAAAAGCGACCCAAGAAAACACGCAUACCUAACGCCGUCUGAAAUGUUCAUAAUCAACAAUAAAUCGAAGACUGAACCAAGGAUUGCAAUCACGGAAAUGAAUAAUUUAUUCGAAGACAAAUAUGUAGAUUCGGACGCUGAGUCAUUCGUCUAGAGCGACACCAGGUCGUUCACAUAUCGUACCGUCCCGUCCGGAAAAUAUUCCGGCUUCAUGAGCAUAUUGCCUUCAUCAGUGAUGAAGGGACUGUCAAUGGGGUUGUGUUCACUGCGUAGUGUGAAACCGUUCCGGCGAUUUCCACGUCGGGCCGGGAAUAUAUAACCAAGCCAAGGGCCAAAAAGAUCAGCAUUGUGAACCAUAUCCUUGGCACAGCGACCGACCAGGCUCAGUAAUUCCCGGUCAGAUGCUCUAUCCCCUGGCCCUGAUCUGAUGGGAAAAGCGAUCUACUACAAGGUUGGCAUGACCGUGGUGUUAAAUCGCAUAUAUCUCAGCCGACAACACCAUGUGGUCCUUGUACAUAUUUACACAAUGUGUUUCACUUGUACAACAAACUCCUGAUCGGAUCUCUCUGCCUUCUUUUUGUUUCUUUCUAUUUCUGCUUUGGAAAGACUAAGUGGAGUCGAAGAGAUGAAAAUCGACCACCCAAAGGCUCCAAACUGACUAUUGAACAUCUAUCGAUCGAGUCCAGGUUGUUCAACCCUUCAAGUCAGGGACACGAGCCCAGCCAAUGCACAGAUCAGCACGGGUGAAGACGAUCACUUCCUGCAACGCGUUUAGUGGCAUGAAGAUCGUGGAC